CAGCAGUGUUGACAAGCUUUGCUUGGGGAGCGCGUAUUCCGGCGUUGCUUGUGACGCCGGUUCCGGGUCCGAAGCGAUGGCAGUGUGCGCUGGUUCUGCAGGCGCAGCCAAGUUGCUGCAGUUCAUCAGGUUUAUCGGGCAGUUGAAGAGAGUAUCUCGAACAGGUUGGGUUUAUAGAAAUGUGAAAAACCCAGAGAGUGUGUCAGACCACAUGUACCGGAUGGCUAUUAUGGCAUUCUUAAUUGAAGAUCCAAACCUCAACAAAGAAAGGUGCAUUAAAUUAGCCCUCGUUCACGAUAUGGCAGAAUGUAUUGUGGGUGACAUAGCGCCAGCAGACAAUAUUAGUAAAGAAGAAAAAUAUAGAAGAGAAGAAGAGGCUAUGAAAUGUUUAACAGCACUCUUAAACAAUGAUGCAAGUAAAGAGAUCUUGGAGCUUUGGCAGGAAUAUGAAAACCAGUCAAGUAAUGAAGCCACAUAUGUGAAAGAACUGGAUCGGUUUGAAAUGAUUGCACAGGCAUUUGAAUAUGAAGAGAUGGAAGAAAAACCUGGGCACUUACAGGAAUUUUUUGAUUCAACAAAAGGAAAAUUUAAUCACCCUGAAAUUCUGCAACUGGUGACAACUUUGAAUACGGAAAGGGAUGCUAAAAUGAAAAAAAGCUAGCCGCAAAGUUUUGUCGAACGUGAGUUGAUGCACUGAGAAUACAAAAUCCAACGACUUCAUUGACCUCAGAGCUUAAAAUACACCAAUGUUUUUUUAAAAUAUAAUUUUACCACUGUUCCUUCUGAAUAAGGAAAUUCAAAUGUUAGAGAAAAGAAGGCCUCAGAUCAGUUUCCUCGUGUUCUCCAAUUAUACUGAAAGGGAUAUAUAAUAAUACAAAAUUAAUCUCAGGGUUGUAUAUGGUGAUGUACAAUAAAAUAAACAAUUUCUGGAAUGACUCCAUUUGAUCUUUUUAUUUAAGGCACCAAUAUUAUCUUGGUAAUUUAACUUUUAGUGCACGAAGUAGUGUUGCUAGAUGUUGAGUGAUUCUACAUAUAAAGUUUUCAGCAUUAAAGUUAUACAGCACAGAAACAAAAUUCUGACCAAGAUCUCAUUUACAGUACAUUAACAGAACUAGAGUUAUUGUUACUGCACAGCAACUAAUUGAGUGCCUUAUUAUUAAAUUUCUCUAACAAUAUUAGAAUAAUUUAUAUUCAUUAAGUCAAGUCAAAUAACACAUUAGAAACACUGGGUAACUGGACAUUUCUUUUGUACAACACCAAAUCCUUUGGUCAGAGAAGCUGCUGUGAACUUAAGAUUCUGUUCUAAUGUUAAUUAUAAAUAAUGUUUACAAUAAUAUUUUAUAAAUAAGUUAUU